AUGAAUACGAACGUAAAGCGCCUUCGAAAGGAGUUUCAAGAGCUGAAGAAGAACCCAGAGGAAGAUAUGGUGUUAUAUCCAGAGGAAGAUACAAUUAUGCGAUGGAAAGCUUAUAUUCGUGGUCCAGCUGAUACCCCUUUUGAGGAUCGCUGCUUUGAAUUAGCUAUCCAAACGACUCCACUUUAUCCCAUGGAACCACCAAAGAUGAAAUUUAUUACUAGGAUUUUUCACCCCAAUGUGCAUUUUAAAGACGGUAGCAUUUGUCUCGAUAUCCUUAAGCGCGAGUGGUCACCGGCGUGGACAUUAAGGGCUGCGUGCUUAGCUGUGAUAUCGCUAUUGUCGGACCCUGCGGCUGACUCGCCUCUUAACUGCGACGCCGGAAACAUGAUUCGUGCUGGUGAUAUGUUGGCGUACAACACGAUGGCGGAGAUGUACAAGAAAGAAUUUGGACUGCUGGAGCUCCCGAAGGACCCGUUUUAA